AGUUUUGGCAGCAGAGCAACAGGUUCUUGGCGAUCAGGAAAACGCAUUGGUUGUGAAAGAUGGACAUGAAGACCACGAGGAUGGAGUUGGGAGGAUUGAACACGAAGCAGAGCCACAGCUGCAUGGUGAUGUAUCGAUGAGCCCGUCACCUCCACCGCAUCAAGACCCUGAUGUCAUACUGCCUUCUCGAUCUCGUUCUACUUUUUCGAGUAGCUCCGAUUCUCCACUUGCUACCGCGAGUGUUCCUAGACGCCCUGCUUCGACACCUGGUCAUGGCUACAGCUCUUAUGCAGCAUCUUCUUCGAGUUCCGACGCUGACAAUCAUGAUGGUCGAGACGAUGAGCAUGGGGACGAGUUCAAUAUCAUAAGCCACCCUCUUACGAGCGGUAAAAGAAGUGCGCGUAGGAAUAAGACGCUUCUGCCUGUACCAUCAGAGUUGUCUGCGAUCCAUGACGAAUCUCCAGCCGCAUCAUCCAUUGCAGCUACGCCAUCAGUGCUUUGGCCCUCAACCACUGUGGGCGCGUCUACGCUUACUCUUGCAACUGGUUUUGAUGAACAGGUUGUGGACCGAGUUGGACAUGGACAAGAUGAGGCGGAAAGAUUCUUAGCUGUUGCUAACAACACUGCUGAAGAAGCUCCAACGGAUAGCAAUGGGGAUCUUCAGAGUCAGCAAGGUAUUGUACCCACAACAGCAGCGACAGACCUUGGUGUACAACAGCGACCACAAGCUUCAACUUCGAGUGCGUCGUGUCCGCCUGUAGUGCCUGUCUUCAAUCAAGUACAAUUGCCUCCCGAACAAGUAAUUCAGCUUGAACCAGUGCAAAGUCGAGACUACGGUAUUCACCAGAACCCCUACAAUUUUGGCGUUACUGGACCUACAGGAGUGGCUUUGCCACCAGCGAUGUAUACUGGAAUCGGAAUGCGUCCUGCAGCUGCAUAUUAUGUGCCACAGCAACUGCAAGUGCAACCUGCUCAACAGCCACCCCUAGAGCCAUG